UAGGUUGCUCGCUGACCUUUGACCCAUGUACUCUCACAUGGUGUGUGGUGGUGUAGAAGAAGAAAAUGGUCACUCUUUAAAUCACUGUCCUUGCUCUUAUCUAGAGGAACCAACUACAAACACAAGUUCAGCUUUAUCGCCUGUCUCUCGAGCUCCAUCCCACUCAAUUCAGAUUUCUUGAGAAAGGCCUCAAAAUGUCCGAUCGCCGCUUAAGACACUCACGGCGUCGUAAGGAACCUCCCGAGACAGAAGAAGGUAAUAAGCGGCGGGCUGAUGGGCCACACGACGUCUCUAGUCUGUUGGACGGCGUGUCGGUGGUGCUGCUGGACAUAGAAGGGACGACAACUCCUAUCACAUUUGUUAAGGAUGAGCUGUUCCCGUAUGUGCGCUCCCAUGUCAGACAACAUCUAGAGGAACACUGGCAGGAGGAGGAAUGUCAGCAGGAUAUCACUGCUCUGAAGAAACAGGCAGAGGAGGACAAGGAGAUGGAUGGUGUAGUAUUAAUUCCAGAAGACGAUGAUGAUGAGGCCAGGAGAAAGGUGCUCAGUGCUGUUGUGGACAAUGUGCUGUGGAACAUGGACGCUGAUAGGAAGGUCACAGCACUGAAGCAGUUACAAGGUCACAUGUGGAGGGCUGCCUAUCAAACAGGCAAGAUCAAGGGAGAGGUAUACCCAGAUGUGGUCCCUGCCAUCAGACAGUGGUUGGAGACAGGACGGCAGGUCUACAUCUACUCCUCAGGCAGUGUGGAGGCACAGAAACUGCUGUUUGGUUUCUCCACAGAGGGAGACCUGCUGGAGCUGUUCAGCGGCCAUUUUGACACCACCACAGGUUUGAAGGUGGAGACGGAGAGUUACAGGAGGAUAGCCAAAGCUGUUGGCUGUGAUCCUGGCAACAUUCUCUUCCUCACAGAUGUUGUAAGAGAGGCCAAGCCAUCCCGUGAGGCUGGGAUGAAGACCUGUCUUACUGUACGACCUGGAAACGCACCUCUCACAGAGGAGGACAUGGCAGACUUCCCCGUCAUCAAGUCUUUCUCUGAACUGGCAAGUGAUGUUAGUCCUAGCAAGAAGAGAUCCAGACAGAAAGCUGCAACAUAGCCUUGGACUCAUAAGCAGCUCUUUGCAAAAAGUAAUCAAAUGCACAUUGGAUAUGCAAGCUCUUUUAAAAGUUAUCUGUCUAUUCUACUUAAGUAUGAAGAUAUGAUUGGUUUUGAAUAUCAAAGUGAAUAAAGGAUAAGAAAGCAAUCAGGCUUGGUUUGAAAUUUCAGAUUUAGCCAUCUUUGCUUUCUGCUUUAAGUGUACUACAUCAUUUUUGUUAAAUAAGACAAAUCAUGCAUUGCUUUUCUGGUUAAGUAUUUGAGGUAAUUCAAGCUUAGAUUGUGAUGUAUUGGAUGUUGCAUCAUAUCAAAGCUGCAAAAAAAACUUCCAUCUUAAAAGCAAAUGCAGCAAUUUCAUCUACUUUUUAAUUUGUAUGGAAUUGUUCUCUUUAUUUAAAUAUGGAAUUAUGGAAUUGUUCUCUUUAUUUAAAUUCUACAAUACCAUGUGGUACACUAGGCAGUUGCUACUGGAAGACGGUUCUAAUAAAGCCAUCAACCUUCCUGA